GAGACCUCGGAAAACAUAUUGUCUUGUCUUGUCUCAUUUCACAAUGAAGGCUAGCCUAGCGGCGGCUCAACAUUCAUCCCAGGUGGGGCUUAAACGGUGCACGUGCAAGUGGGCUGUGAGGCUGGGGCGUCCCGGAGGAGUCCAGGAUGGGCAGCACGACCUCAUGCUGCGUCCCCGCCACCCCGAAAGUCCACUCCAGACUGGGAGAGGACCGCGCCGAACCGAAACUGAACCUGGCGCAGGAGGAGAGAAUUCAAAACAACCUGCAACACAUCAGUGACAUCGAGAACAUGGACGAAUUGGACUUGAUGUUGAGUCCGGCAGAUCAUCCACAGAGCUGCACGAUGUUCCUCACCAAAUCCAUGAACGAUGUGCGAGAAAGACAAAAGAUCCACUUCAUCCGCUACCGCCGCCCGACCAGCAAGUGGAAAUACAGCUCCUGCUCCACAAUCUUUCUUGAUGAGAACACAGUAAGCAGGCCUCACCUCAAAUACACCAUCAAAUGUGUAGCACUGGCAAUUUACUACCACAUAAAAAACAGGGAUGACAACGAAACGCCGCUUCUGGACAUUUUUGAUGAGAGGCUUCACCCACUCUCGAGAUCACACCAGGUACCUGCCGAUUGUAACCAUCGGGACCCAGAACCGAGGCAGGUUUACCGCUUUAUCCGCACGCUGUUCUGCGCCGCACAGCUCAGGUCCGAGUGCGCCAUUGUCAUGCUGGUGUACCUGGAGAGGCUUCUGACGUACGCAGAGGUCUCCAUGAGUCCUGCGACGUGGAGACGAAUGGUGCUGGGUGCCGCCCUGCUGGCAUCCAAAGUGUGGGACGACCACGCCGUGUGGAACGUGGACUACUGUCACAUCCUCAAAGACAUGACUGUGGUCGACAUGAACCGUCUGGAACGACACUUCCUGGAACUUGUGCAGUUCAACAUCAACGUGCCUUCAAGUGUUUACGUCAAGUAUUACUUUGACCUGCGCUCGCUCUCCGAGGCCAAUGACCUCAGCAUCCCGCUGGAGGCCCUCAGCCACCACAAAGCCCAAAAGCUGGAGGCUAUUUCCAGACUGAGCGACGUCACCUUCAAGGACGCACGGCGAGCUUCCAGGAAGCGCUCGGCCAGCAUGGACCACCUGGACGGAGAUGUGUGGGUUCCUGCCAUCCUCUCAUAA